AUGUUGCGCCUUCAGGGCCUGACACUCUUAUGUGUAGCCUACUUGAUACUCGGACUAACAACAGCGCAAAACGACACCAGGCCUGUCUCAAAUGACCUAUUCAACUCCCUCGAGGAGUUAUCCCGCCUGGUAGACAUAUCCUACUGCGUGGGCACGACGGGCGUCAAGAAACCAUUCCAGUGCCUCAGCCACUGCGCAGAGUUUCCGAAUUUGGAGCUGAUAGAGACAUGGAAUACGGGCAUCUUACUUUCCGACUCGUGCGGGUACAUUGCCCUCUCGCAUGCGCCGGGACCUAAGCGCAUUAUCAUCGCUUUCCGGGGUACGUACUCCAUAACGAAUACGAUAAUAGAUCUCUCCGCCUAUCCACAGUCGUACAUCCCCUACACCGGCGACGACAACAACAACAAUACCACCACCACAAUCAACCCCAGUGUCAGCAAAGAUAAACACAAAAGUACAACCCCGCUCACCCUACACUGCGAAAACUGCACCGUCCACGCCGGCUUCAUGAAAUCCUGGCUAAACACCCGCCCCACAAUCCUCCCCACCGUCCUAGAAGCUCUCAUCGCCCACCCAGACUACGAAAUCACACUAGUCGGCCACUCCCUCGGCGGCGCCGUCGCAACCCUCGCCGGCCUCGAAAUGCGGCUCAAAGGCUGGGACCCGCUGGUGACUACCUUCGGCGCGCCGAUGGUCGGAAACGCCGAGUUUGCAUCCUUCCUUGACGCAGCGUUUCAAAUCGGGAAUUUCAGUCGGACUCGUGCUGGCGAUGAUCCUGAGACGGCGCGCAUUCGGCGCGUCACGCACGUGGAUGAUCCGGUUCCUUUACUGCCGCUGCGGGAGUGGGGGUAUGCGCCGCAUGCGGGGGAGGUGUUUAUUUCUCGGCCGGCGUUGCCGCCGGGCAGGGAGGAUGUGAGGAUUUGCGAAGGCGAUGAGGAUGCGCGGUGUAUUGCGGGUGCGGAGGCAGGUGCGGCUUCGUUGUUGGAUGCUUUUCUGGAUGUGGAUGUUCCGUUGGAUAUGUUCGGUGCGCGGGUGGAUCCGUGUUUAUCGGAUGGUGAAGAGGGGUUGAAUACGGGGUUGGAAUCGGGUUCGCAGGUUGUUCUUGGGAAGAAGAGGCGUGUUGGGGAUGGGCGAUGUGCGUCGCGCGGGGAGGAUGAGACGGCGCCGUUGUAUCCGCGGCACUGGGAUUGGUCUCUUAUUCCGGCGCGGUAUAGAUUGUGGGAGCUUUUUUUUGCGCAUCGGGAUUACUUUUGGCGGAUUGGGCUGUGUGUGCCUGGGGGUGAUAUUUUUGGAUAG